UAGCCCACGUUAAGAAAAGUAGAAAACUACAAAGAGCCAAAAGCUAACAACUCGUCACCACCACCUCUUCUUCUCUUUAUCCAAGCAAGAAAAAAUAAAAUGGCAGCUGAGAGGAUAACAGCAUCCUGUUCUUCCUCAAUAUACCAUCUCAAUUCUCAAAGGAGGCAUGUCCCUCUCUCUUCUCCUGCUCGCUUUCUGGGUCGCCCUUUACGACCUUCUCAUUUCUUGGGAAGCACUUCCACUCCUUUGUCUUCCAAGUUCUUCAAUUCACGCCACACUAACAGAAGAAACUUCUCUGUCUUUGCUAUGGCAGCUAUUGGCAUCGCACCGGCCACCACCUCUACAAUUAGCACCAUCCGGAAGAUCCAAAGACCUUCCUUUUCCAGGCUCAGAAUCUCCUGCAUUGGAUGGGACCCAGAAGGCAUUUUGGGGCCGGCCCAGACGGGCCAUAUUGCAAGAUUAGAGUUUAAAAGACGACUUGAGAAGGAUGUUGAGGCACGAGAGGCCUUUGAACAACAUGUUCGUGAAGAAACCGAGCGUCGUAGAGCUCUUCGCCAAUCUCGGGCUAUACCGGAUACUUCAGCGGAGUUGAUAGAGUAUUUUCUUGACACUGAAGCUCAAGAGAUUGAGUAUGAAAUAGCGAGGCUUAGGCCACGAUUGAACCAGGAGUUUUUCUCACACCUGCAAUUUGAAGUAGGUCAACUUCGCUUUGCUGUUUCAAAAACUGAGGAUAUUGAAGACAGAUUGAUUGAGCUGGAAACAUUACAGAAGGCUCUACAAGAAGGAACAGAAGCCUAUGACAAAAUGCAGUCUGACCUUAUAACAGCAAAAAAAAGUCUAUCUAAAAUCUUGACUUCAAAGGAUGUGAAAGCAACUUUACUGGAAAUGGUUGAACAUAAUGAAAUCAAUAGAUCCUUAUUGACACUUCUAGAUGAAAACAUAGCAAAUGCACAAAAGGGUGACCAGAAACAAGUGGCAGUGUUCAUGGAAAAGGUCCGUGCAGCUGUUCUCAAGUACAUGACAGUUUAGUAAUUCUACUGUCAUUCCUUAUAUUGAAUUCUUUAUAAGUCUGGGAUUUGAGCAAUAACUCCAUUCCUAACUACAUUAGCUAGAUUAAGAAAAACAGGAGCAAAGCAAGAUGGAGUCUUGCAUAAAUAUAUGGUAGCAAAAAACAAACAAACUAUAUAUAGAUGCAAUGACAUUGUUUUGUACCGUAAGAGAGACUUAACGCACAGAUAUUA